GGAGGAAGGAGCACGUGGCUUUGGAUCUGGGUGAGUCCAGAAGAGGUCGAUCUUGCACGCCUAGGAGAACCAGGAACAGGCGGGGGUGCGAUUGGCUGAAGGGCAAUAUGGGAUUUAUAUAUUUAUAUUUAUUUAUUGCAUUUAUAAACCACCUUUUAUCUUCCAAACAGCUCCGUGGUUCUCCUCUUCCCCAUUUCAUCCUCACCACAACCCUGUGAGGUAGGUUAGGCUGAGAGGCAGCGACUGGCCCAAGGUCACCCAGUGAGCCGCCUGGCUGAGGGGGGAUUCGAACCCUGCUCCCCCAGGUCCUAGUCCAGCACCUUAACCAUUACACCACACGGGCUUCGCUGUGUCUCGAAGCUGAAAUCCCAGGGUGGCAGAACUGGAGGAGAGGACCAGAGUUUGAAUCCCUACUCAGCCGCGAAGCUACCUAGGUUACCUUGGGCCAGUCGCUGGGGUGCCUUGAAUGAUGGUCAUGGGGCUGUGGGCAACACUGGCCUCCUUCCUUCCUUUCUUCCUUUCUUUCUUUCUCUCCCUCGUCUGAUGCCCUCUCUAGUCUCUGCCUCCCAAAGGCUUGCACAGUUUUUUGCUGCAGCAGCCCUGGCUACAAGCUCUGCAGGCAAAUGGUGCCUCUGGGGCUGGCCAGGGGGUGCUUCCCAGGCCCCUGUGGGGCAGUGUGAGGAAGCAACUCCCUUUGGGGCAGUGGGGGCAGCUCAGAGACCAAGGGCGGCGGAGGAUUCCCAGAGGACUCCCAAGGAGAGGAGAGGAGGCUGAGGGAACACUCCACAAGGGAGGGAGUUUGAAAAGGGAUGAGGGGCUGCAAGCAAGGGGAGAUAUAACUGGGCUCCUGAGCCCCACAGGGGUGCCGCAGAAAAAGAAUGUAGUUGGUCAAGGGAGCCGUGGACCCAAAAAGGUUGCAAACCCCAGAGGAAAAGUCAGCUAGGAGCUGUGUAAACAAACAACCAAACUGUAGCAGGUAGAGCACGGGACUCUUGAUCUCAGGGUCCUGUGUUCAAGUCCCUUGUUGAGCAAAAGAUUCCUGAAUAGCAGGGGGUUGAACUAGAUGACCUUCGCAAUUCUGUGAUUCUGUAUUUGCUGGGAGCGAAGCCCCACCGUGUUCAAUGGAUUCUUCUCUCUAGUAAAAACCUAGGAAGCUGUCUUAUAGUGAGCACAUCUAGCUCAAUAUUGGCAACACGGACUGGCAUAAGUUCUGCAUUGUUUCAGGAAGGGAGCCUCUUCCAGAUCUGCCUGGAGUUGCCAGGAUUUGAACCUGGGACCCAUUGAAGCAGGACCAUAGAGCUACGGGCCUCCCCCAAUCCUCUAGCGCCGUAUCAGUGUUGUACGGGCACAGGGGCGACUUGCCUCAUAUUGUGCAUAGUCUCUCUCUCUCUCUCUCUAUAUAUAUAUAUAACAUAUCAUUUUCAACAGUAAUUAAACAUACUUUUACAUCUUAUUCAAAUUUUUGAUUUCCAUCAAUCCUGUCUGAAAAUUUUCCAAUCUAAUCUCUCAGUAUGCAUUUCUUAUCUUCCCUAUUACAUUUCAAACUCAUAACCAAUAUCUCUUUUCCUACUUUGUAACACUUCGUAUAUUUCUCCUUACAAAACUUCUUGUAGUCCUACUAGCGUAAUUUGUUGAUUACAGUUGCUCUUCAAAUAAUUCAUAUACUUCUUCCAAUCUUCUGUAAAUCUCUGGUCCCGCAGGUUUCGAAUCCUUCCUGUUGUUCUGUCCAAUUCUGCAUAGUCCAUUAAUUUCGUCUGCCAUUCUUCUUUCGUCGGAACUGCAUAGUCUCUUCCAAUCCUGAAAUCACCCCCUUUUUAUUUCCCCGCAGGGAGAAAUCUCUGGCCCAACUGUGAGCAAAGAAAGUCAGAUGUUAGAUGCUGAGCGGUCCAUUGGCCCAGCAUCAUUCGCGACUGGCACUUGGGAGACUGAAUCUCGGAGCUAGGCGAAGUUAGUUCCUUUCAAGAGAGAAAACAACAUGGCUGCCGACCAGGGACCCAAGUCGGGAUUUGGCCUCCGGCUCGCACCCGCUCUGGAACUCCCCAGGACCAAAGCGGGGGGUCAGGUUCCGGCCUGCCCCGGAGCAGGAAUUGGGAAGCCACCACGCGUGCUUCAGGCUGGAAGCAUUUGGGGCUUCCUCCACAAAAUCCCAGCGGACCAGGUGAAACCGGAACCAGGAGAGGCCACCCUCCAGCGCUGGGAAACCCAGUGGCAGGAGUUCCUGAGGAAAAUCGAGUCUCAUCCUUCCUCUGCCUGGGGGCUCCCACAGUUACCAGAGGAGCCCACGCCCUGGGAGGACACGGAGGGGUUUUUGGCCUCCUUUGAGCAAGUGGCCGAAGCCUGCCGGUGGCCCCGGGACGAGUGGGUGGCCCGCCUCCAGCCGGCCCUCAGCGGAGAAGCCGAGUGGGCCUUUCGAAGCCUGGAGGCCGGAGACAGAGAGGUUUAUGGGAAAGUGAAGGCGGCCAUCUUGCGCGGGGACACUAUGAGCAGGGAGGAGCAGCGCCAGCGCUUCCGGCGCUUCUGCUACCAGGAGGCCGAGGGGCCGCGAGGGGCCUAUGGCCAACUCCAAAAACUUUGCCAGGGGUGGCUGAAGGUCAAGAGGCGCUCGAAGGAGCAGAUCCUGGAGCUGCUGAUCCUGGAGCAGUUCCUGACCAUCCUGCCGCCGGAGAUGCAGAGCUGGGUCAGGGGACAGGACCCGGAAAGCUGCUCGCAGGCGGUGGCCCUGGCCGAGGAGUUCCUGCAGGUGCAGCAAGCGGCCUCUCGGAGCCAGGAGCAGCAGGUGAGGCGUGGCAUGUGGCCCCUGGCAGUCUUGGGGUAGGAGAGGAACCGAGCGCAUGUUGGAGCCAGUGGGGGUAUGUGCUAUUAUGCUCAGGUUCCCGCUUGUGGCCUUCGCAUGGGGCAUCUGGUUGGCCACUGCGAGAACAGGAUGAUGGAGGAGGCACGCUGCUUCUUACAACCUUCACACCAUUGUGUGAAUCUCAGAAGAUGCUAAAAGGGGAGGGUUUGUACACAGGGCAGGCAAAAUCCUAAAACCCUUGAAUCUGCUCAUGUCUUCCUCUUGUGCUUGAGUGGUACCACUUUGCCUACGUGAGGAUCAGCCCACAGAAACUGAGUUUGCUGUUAGAAUUGUAGAGUUGGAAGGGACCACGAGCGUCAUCUAAUCCAACCCCCUGCAAGGCAGGAAUCUUUCUCGAACCCGCGACCCUGAGAUUAAGAGUUGUGCUCUACCAUCUGAACUGUCUUGAGCCCUAUUCCGUAAGCCACCCAGAGUGGUUGGGGAAACCCAGCCAGAUGGGCAGGGCAUGAAUAAUAAAAAUUAUUAUUAUUAUUAUUAUUAUUAUUAUUACUAUUAUUAUUAUUAAAUAUUAGGGCUAUUUGAGCACACACUCACUCCUUUUCACCAUUGGAUGCCCUUCUUUUUUAAAAAAACAAACAAGUUUUGUUUCUAUUAAUUUUUUGCAUAACAUAAUGCAAGUGAUGAACCAGAAACACAGAAAUGCAAGCCAAAUUAAUUGUAACACAGUCAAAUAAAGCUGAGUGGGUCUCAUUUGGUUUGCUAGGUAGACACAAAUGGAGCUGGGACCCAGCAUAUCCAAAACUCCUGCUGCCCGGGGAACACUCUGGAGAGACAAGUUAGACUGAGAAAAAGGACAGAAUGUUAAAUUCUGCCACCAUUUUCGUCAUUUAAAAAAAAUAAAAAUCAGAGAAACGGCAAAAGUGAUUUGCGUCACAAGCAAAAGCAUGCAUGCUGUCUGUUGAUGUGAGUUUUUUAUGGGGCAAAAUUUAAAUGAACCAUAUAAAAUACAGUGGUACCUUGGGUUACAAACAAUUCGGGUUACAUAUACUUCAAGUUACAGACUCCAUUAACCCAGAAAUAGUACCUCGGGUUAAGAACUUUACCUCAGGGUGAGAACAGAAAUCUCAUGGUGGAGGUGGGAGGCCCCAUUAGCUAAAGUGGUACCUCAGGUUAAAAACAGUUUCAGGUUAAGAACGGACCUCUGGAACGAAUUAAGUUCUUAACCUGAGGUACCAGUGUAAAUGAAUUGGGAAAAGGAAGAGGGAGGAGAAAGGGUUUCUGGAGGGGGGUGUUGUUGUCUAGGUUCGAAAGCGGACAGCUUCGUGGAGAACAAGGCUAUGAACAGCUACCGCAGGAGGGGAAGGUGCCAUUGCACUCGGAUCCUGCCCACAAAUGUCUCAUGGGCGUCUGGUUGGCCACUGUGAGAACAGGAUGCUGGACUCGAUGGGCAGCUGGCCUGAUCUGGUUGGCCUCUUCUUGCAUCCUUAAGUGAAACGAGGCCCUCCAAAAGUUUGUCAGAGUAGACGUUAAGUUUCGCAACUUCCUCUGAGUCACGGACGACGGGAAGGAAGAGGCACUGUACCGGGGCAAAACAUAUCAGGCUUGCUGUGGCCCUUGCACAACCUUAUAAUACGGGUCAGCUUCUGAGACUGGGCUGUGUGCCAGAGACAGCCUCUUAAUGUAAAACCAAAGGACAUUUCCCAGGUUCCUGCCACAGGUCCUCAACCACAUGCCACUCUUCAGGAAGAAAUUUGAAAUUGGUGAGAUGUGAAUAGGAAAAACUGUCCGCCACCCCUAAAAAACCACAGCAUGCCUUUUCUCCUUAUUUUCUAAAAGGCUCCAUCCUUGCUAUGUUUCCAGGCUGUGGCAGAAGUGGUCGCCCCACUUCCAGCAGAAGAACAGGCUCUGUCUGGUGCCAAGGAGUUGAGGAGGCCCAAGCAGGAAGUUGAUGGUGGAGCAGUUGACUCCCUCAUGGACCGAGGCGCCAGCCAACUGGGUAAGACUUCCACAGUCCUUGGUUUUGCCACUCACAGAAAGCCUGGCAUCUUGGACAGGAAAACGCAGUUGGUCCAGUAUGAUUUAUUCAAUGUACAGUGGUACCUCGGGUUACAGAUGCUUCAGGUUACAGACGCUUCAGGUUACAGACUCCGCUAACCAAGAAAUAGUACCUCGGGUUAAGAACUUUGCUUCAGGAUGAGAACAGAUAUCACGCGGUGGCAGCAGGAGGCCCCAUUAGCUAAAGUGGUACCUCAGGUUAAGAACAGAUUCAGGUUAAGAACAAACUUCCAGAACGAAUUAAGUUCUUAACCCGAGGUACCACUGUAUUAUUACCGGAAGCAAGUUCCUAGAGGGGCUUAUGGUGACCGAUAUUAACAUGGUCCCUGCCUCUCAGGCUUAGGAAUCCAAAAGUCAUGACACAAAAGGAAAAGAGAUGGGGCAGGAGGAGGGGAAAGCGAUGGCAAAAGCAGACACCAGUUCUCAGCAAAUUUCUUAUAAGUGUCUUUCGGGGGAUAAAUGUUUUUCGGGGGGGGUAAAUCAUUAUAGAGUGCAUUCCCCAAACCUCCACCUGUUUCUCCUCCUCCCCAAGUGAGACUUCUGCUGGUGAAGCCCAGUGGUUGACCUCCCAGCAAACAUUUUUUUGAAGUGCCUAGUUAGACUACGGAACUCUCUCCCACCGGAGUCAGUGAUGGCGAACCUGGAUGGCUGUGAAAGAGGAUGAGACAAAUUCAGGGCUAUCAGUUGCUACUAACCACAACGACUGGUCUGCCUCCACGGCUGGAGGCACUUCUGAGCACCAGUUCCUGGAAACCACAGGAGGGGAGAUGACUCUUGUGGUCGAAUCCUGCUUGUGGGUUUUCCACAGGAUUCUGGUUGGCCACUGUGGGAGCAGGAUGCUGAGCUAGAUGGGCCAUUGGCCUGAUCCAGCGGGCUUUUCUUACGUUCAAUAUCGCCUCCCUUUGUCUCCAGAAGAGAACAACACCAUGGAGGGUUUUCAGCUAGGAGGUCCUCGCUCAGAAGACGUGCUUGAGAUUUCGCCAGGAGGAUCCCGGGAGAGCCUCUCCUUCCCAGCAGAGAUUGGUGAGAAGGGGGAACCUUGAGACUGAUUUGCCAUAGAGCUGGGGGAACCUCACAGGAGAAUGCGUUUGGCGCAAGGGGGACAUUGUAAUGUCGAAAGGGCCACAGCAGGGAUGGGGAACAUGCUGGCGGACUCCCGUUCCCCUCAGCCCCUGCCAGCAUGGCCUGAUGGCCAGGGAUGAUGGGAGUUGUAGUCCGGUGACACACAGAGCAGUGGCUGGUGAGUUUCAUUAGGCCUAGUAGGGUAGAAAGCAGGGAGACCCAGUAGUGCUAAAGCAAUUCCAUCAAAAUAUUAAAAUAAACACCCCUAUCAAAACUAGAAGCAGCUGCUAAAGAAGGAAACUCGAAUCAGGAGAUUGAGGAAACAUUUGUCUACACAGGUAUGUCCUCAAGAGCCCGUGGAAUGCCAAUACUGAUGACCCCCCCCCCUCUCUCUAUAUAUAUAUCUAUAUAUAUCUAUCUUUUUUACAAUUUAGAAUAUUAAUUUAAACAACCUUAAAAUAUCAAUGACUUCCUUUCUUCCUUUUCCAUGGUUCAUUUUGCAUAAUACAAAUCCCUGCAUAUUUUAUAUCAACUAAACCAUUCAGUAUUCCAUUAUUACAUCCAUCAAAACUCAUUUACACUGUUGAAUUUAUCUUAAUGCUGCCAACGUUUUCAAGUGCACACAAUUUCCUCCCAUAUAUUCAAUAAACAUCUUUUUCAAACGCAUGUUCUUCUUGUUCUCUUAUUCUACAAGUUAGGUCCACAAGCUGCGCAUAUUCCAUCAGUCUAAGUUGCCACUCUUCUUCUUUGCUCGUUUUCCAUUUUGGGGCUAAUGAAACACGGGCCGCAGUAGCGGCAUACAUAAAUAACCUUUUUUGACACCUCUACUAGCAGGACUCCCCUUUCCAGGCUGGCAGCCGUUUAUCUUUUCCCUAUUUCCAAGAUUCCCAUUUGACAAAGAUUUCCUCUCUGUUCCAGGAGGUGCUAGGCUGGUGCACGAACAGGGCAGGGAAGUUUUGGGGGCGCUCCCAACGAAAUUGGGCCGUUGGAACGAAGAAGGAAUCUGCAGCCCACAAGAGGGAGCGGAGAGGUGGGCCAAAGACCUAGCACAGGGGUGGAAGAUGAACCCCACGGCUAUUCCAGCCGGCGACCUUUGCCAAACGCCAGCUCCACAAAGACUGCACAAAGGAGCGGGAAGCAGACAGUGCCCUCUGUGCGGGAAAGUUUUCACGACACAAUCCAGCGUCAAGAGACACCUGAGAAUCCACACAGGGGAGAGGCCAUAUAAAUGCUCCUAUUGCGGGAAAACCUUUAACCAGAGAGUAAUCCUAACGAACCACGAGAAAAUCCACACGGAGCGGAGAUCGUCCCAAGGCUCCGACGGUGGGGAAGGCUUCAGGAAAGAAGCCAGCAUCCCUGGAAAUCAGAGAAUAUAUUUGGUUACUAGUGAUGAUGACGCUAUACCCUGCUAGGGAGGCGGCCCGUAUCCCGUUUGUGGGCUUCCCAUUGGUUGGCCACUGUGGAAAACAAGAUGUUGGACUAGAGAGGCACUGAAGCCUAGUACGCCUUAUGGCGCCACCAUGAGGAGUAAUGCAUUUACUGCAGCGUAAGCUUUUGUGAGACUGGAAUCCACCACAAAAAAACCCCACAAUAACUUGAUUGAGCCUUUAAGGUGGCAAAAUACUUCCGCCCUUGUUUUUGCAACAGCGACUGGAGGGAUGAAUGUGGAAAUUCUCCAUUGUACAGUGGGGUGGUUUCGAUAGGGUCUCGCACAGCCCCCUCUGUGCUCCUUCCAGAAAAGUGAGAGGAUGUCAGGGACCCGCAGGACAAUGACGACUGUGCACUGGGGAAUGUGGGGGCUGGAGUCUGACUCGGGAGAGGGAGGACAGUGGUUUGUGGGGAUCUGCACCAGCCAGGAGGCAAGAGUUGGAGGAAGGGGAAGUGUCAGGAGUUGGAGCACGGGAUGGUUCGGGAGGAGAAAGAAGCGGGGGGGGGCGGAUACUUCCACACCCUUUCCUGCGUCACUGUUCCCCAGAACCAGGAGGGGAUUGAAAAGGGAGGAGCAGAGGAAAUUGCAGGCACAGUCUCCGACUUCGUGCAUGUAAGCAAUUGGGGGAAGAUACAUAAACUGGUGGAGGGGAACUGGUUUUGCCAACUGCUCCUUGAAAUAGCUGCCUAACCAUUAGAUUGGGGUGCACAGGUGUCGAGAACUGUAGAAGCGACUGUGUUAUCGUUGACAAUAAAUACUUAACUAUCGGCCGUAUGCAUUCCUUGGCUGGGAAGUGCCCUUGACGGAGGGGUUAUGCCCCUUGGGACUGGUGGGAUGGACUGAAGGGAGCCUGACAGUAGGUGGCGCCAGAGAGCCAACGACAGGCAGAGCCAACUGAUUCUGGUUUUGCCCAAGGGGCGACCCUGAGACUUGGGCGGAGGAAGUGGGCGGGCAGUGCCACCCUCUGGACGGGUUGCAGGUAAGAAGGCAGGGCAGGCUGCGGG